UCGCCAUGAAUGAAAGUACCUACUCCGCAAAAAAACGAUUAAAAUCAGUUUUCUUCACUAUUUCGCUACAUCUAUAACUGUGUACCUAUAUAAACAAUGAUUGCGGCGACGAAAGGACACCAGAUGGAAAAAUAUAGCGUAUUUGUUGCUUUGGCCCUUUGCAUUUGUGCCACCGCGGCGUUAGACAUAGAAAAUGACACGGUAGCAAUGGGUCAGAUCACGUACGUAAAUUACAAUGGCGAGUUGGUGCUCGCCACCGAAGAGUUGAUAAGGAAGUUAGAGGAAGAAGAUGUUACCUGGCAUUGGACUCCAUGGCUGCGUACCAGGACUAAGAUACACGAUAACGAACUCAUGGAAAUAGACUGCAUCGAUCGGAACGCUCUUGAGAGUUUUCCUCCUUCAAUAUUCACAGACGAUCAGUUGAGGAAAGGCGGCUUUCUCUGUUACGUCCUUUUUGUAGUGUAUUUAUUCACACUACUAGGCUAUAUUUGCAACGACUAUUUCAUUCCUUGCGUCGAAAUGAUAUGUGAAGAUUUGAAUAUACCAAAGAAUGUGGCUGCAGCCACUUUCAUGUCCGUAGCUACUUCGUGCCCCGAAUUCUUCGUAAAUGUAAUCUCCACAUUCCUUACCGAUUCUGCUAUGGGUAUCGGUACCAUAAUGGGCUCAGCAAUAUUCAAUACACUCGGUGUGGGUGCUAUUGGCGGUUUAGCUGCUAUUUUUCCAAUUGCAAUUGAGUGGAAACCUGUGACUCGUGACGUUAUCAUUUAUAUAGUGAACGUGAGCGUUCUGAUGAUUGUAAUCUGGGACGGUCAGGUGGACUGGUACGAGGCAAUGGUGCUGUUCAUCUUGUACAUUUUGUACUUCAUUAUCAUUUUCAACAGCGCUAGGAUUUUCUCGUUGGUUGCAUUUGUUUAUGGAAAGUGCUGCAAUUGUAACAACAAUCUUGAAAUUGCAGAUAAUAAUAAUACGAAACAACACGAAGAGGGAAUCGACAAUAAAGGAUAUGAAAAUAACAACUCUGAAAAAGUACCAUCUGAACCAGAAAACAUCGAGGAUCCACCCGUAAAGGGAGUUUUCGAAUACCCUAAAGGCGAAUCAGUGUUGGCAAUAGUUUGGUGGUGGUACACUUUGCCCAUCCGAUUGAUUCUGUUCAUUACGAUUCCUUCACCAUUCACUUGUAGAAUGUUCUAUCCGUUCGCCUUUUUCAUGUGCAUCGUGUGGAUCGGUGCCAACUCGUAUUUGGUAUCUUGGUGCAUGACAGUAAUUGGACACACCUUCUAUAUUCCGGAUUCUGUAAUGGGAAUGACAUUUUUGGCAUUUGGUGGCUGCCUGCCGGAAGCAUGUUCAAUUUUCAUCAUGUCUAGAAGAGGGGAAGGAGGUGUCGGUGUGUCUAAUGCACUGGGGGCUAAUUCCUUGGCGAUAUUAUUUGCCCUGGGCACGCCAUGGCUCAUCAAGACUCUCGUCCUGGUGGGUCAGGGUGCAGAUGAACCUGCAAUUGUUAUAGACUCUAGUGGUAUUGCCUUCGUAGUCACCUCCCUGCUCUUAGCUGUUACUUUACUAUGGGUGAUCUUAUUUCUUGGAAAAUUCAAACUAAGAAAGUCUGUUGGUGGCGUACUCUGUGUACUGUACCUAAUUUUCAUCACAUUUGGUAUUUUAGUCGAAAUCGGUGUUAUAUUUGAUAUAGAGCAAUUAAGCUUCUGUUUCUAAAUUGCUGUUUCAACGGUUUGUUGUGCAAUAAUUGAAAUGACAAACUUUGCCAAUAAAAGUUUCUGUGAUGAGUAUAUUUAUAGCUAGAUAUCGUCUUUUAGUUCGCUAAUGUCACCCGUUUAUCGCAUACAAUUUAUAAGCUUUUUUUGUUAUGGGACCCUUGACAAUGUUUUCUUCGUUUGUAAUUAUUUUUCAGUAGCAUAAGCUAAAAAAUAUUAAAAUUUGAGCAAGUAUUUAUUCGCCGUGCUAGUAACUUUCUCAGAUGAUAGGUGUUAGCAUUGUGACAUGCAAUAAAUAUUUAUUUGGGUAAGUGUUUCGACUGAGGACGCGAAAGCAAAGCCUUGUUGAGAAUGCUACAGAGGAAAUAGAUGACAAGAAAGUUUAGGCAUAUUUUAAGAUUUACUUAAAACAUUUGAUGCGGUGUCUGUCUUAACUAUUCUAUACACGUUUGAUGAUAGCAGCUCGGGGUUUGGCGUAUAUGAUCUUUGGAAGCUAUUUUAUGAAUAGAACACAUACAACCAGAUUAGCUCAUGCCUCAGCAAUGAUUUUGUGGUACCAGUAUUCUGCAGCGAUCCAACCCUGUUCACCGUCUACAUAGCUAAGUUUUCUAAGCUAUCUCUUUAAAACUCGAAUAUUCAUAUAUGCCGACGAGACCUUGGUGCCGGUCCUUGACACAUAACUAUUUAGAAAGAGGUCGCUGUGUACAAAAUGAGGUAUCUUGAUAUUAAUUUGCUUAUGCUAAAUGCAGAGAUCCUUUUUCUUUCUAUUUCUCCAAAAACAUCGGCGACAUACGUAUUCUAUCCUAUCACAUCCUAGUUGUGAGAGCCGAUCCUUUACCCGUAUAAAUGACAUAUCAGGAAGUUGACAUAGACGAAAGUUUAGUGGAAUUAACAAGUUGAGGUGACCACAGUCAGAGGGUGACACAUUAUAUAUGCUUCAAGUGUCACAGAAAUUCUGCUGCAUGGAAAAACCACAAUUAUGACUUGUUUUUCUAACAAUCUGUCAUUUCUUACAUAAUAAAAGCCUGUGGGCCAUUAUCUUCCUCGAUGUUCCACUCGGUUUCAUCAAAGCGUA